GACAACUAUGGUACAAAUUAAUGUUUAUUUCAUCUUGUUUCUGGGAUUUGUUGCUUUUAUAGAGGUGAAUUGUAAAGGCCUAGGCACUUGUCCUAAGUUUGACUUUGCAACAGACUGUGUUAUCCACUUUGAUUUCCAUUGUGCUGUUCAAAAACAAUGCCCUUCAGGAUAUAGAUGUUGUCCCCAUGGUUGCAAUAGAAGAUGUGCAGCAGUUACAGUUAAUGGAAAACACUUAGGGUCUUGUCGUGGUGCCUCUGGUAAACGUGGAAAAAAAUGUACGGUGGAUAGAAGUUGUGAAGGACAUGAAAAGUGUUGUUAUGGAAGAUGCCGAAAAGUCAGGAAACAAAUUGUUAAGGUUCUUUAUCCUAUCAAACAUUAGUUAGAAUUGAUUAGUUUGAAAGAAAGUAAUAUCAUUAGGAAACAUCAUUGUGAAUUAUACUUAUAUUAUGAAAUAAUAAAAGCUUCAGUUAA